GGUCAGGUUUUCGGUUCACCCGGACCUGGCCAAAACCUGAUAAAACCAUAAAUUGAUAGCGCGCGAAGAAGUAGAUUUCUGCGGACGUGGCAUCACGGUAGCCAGUCAAUUAAAUUGCGCCCACCCGAAUGAAGUGCUCACGUGGCACAACUUAAACGACUACUGAGUUUUCAAUAUUCAUCUGCUAAGUUGGACAAAAAUUCGACGGAGGAGGAACCUCAUCGGAACUUGGUCAGUCUUCUCACAAGGAAAAAGAGCCAUGGCUGCCGCCUCUACCUCAGUCGCCAUCUUGCCUUCCGCCAGAAGAAGCUGCGACGCGGGAAAGUCCAGAAGCUUUGUGUUUUCAUCGAGAUCCUCAAAGUCCGUCUCGUUUCCGUCUCAACCGCGACGACGGACCGGGAACUUGCGAAUCGCUUGUUCCGUAUCACUGACGGACCGGGAAGUGCGAACGGGUGGGCCAGACGAUCUCGUCGACUCCAUCCUUUCCAAGGUUUCGGAGACAGACCGAGGAGUUUCGUUGAAGAAAGAGGAGCACGCAGCGGUGGGUGAAGUUGCUGGAGAGUUGCAAAAGUACUGCGUCUCGGAGCCUGUGAAAUGUCCUCUCAUAUUUGGAGAGUGGGAUGUGGUGUACUGCUCGAACCCGACCUCGCCAGGCGGUGGGUAUAGGAGCUCAGUCGGCCGUCUUUUCUUUAAAACCAAGGAAAUGGUGCAGGCUGUUGAAGCUCCCGACACUGUGAGAAACAAGGUCAAAUUCUCCCUCUUUGGGUUUCUUGAUGGAGAGGUAUCUCUCAAAGGGAAAUUGAUCGCUCUGGAUGGGAGCUGGAUUCAGGUGAUAUUCGAGCCCCCUCAACUUAAGGUUGGAUCUCUGAACUUUCAGUAUGGCGGUGAAAGCGAAGUGAAACUGCAGAUUACAUAUGUAGAUGAGAAGAUCAGGUUGGGCAAGGGCUCCAGAGGUGCGCUAUUCGUCUUCCAAAGAAUCGGUUAAAACCCUCUUGCCUUAGCUCUCUCACAUUUCACCCUAAAAAACAGUGUUCUUUCCUUGAUCUCAUAUGUUACCAGCUUUCUGUUGUACACUGACAUUGUAGUUCGAUGAAGUAUAUAUAAUCGUUCGUUCGAGUGACCUUUAAGUGUGCUUCUGCUAGAGUUACAGAGGAUUGGAGAACAAUGGAAUUGGUGGGAUUGAUUAGCCAGGUCCAACUUUAGGAAUGUCGUAAUGUUCAGUGAGAUUGGCAAGAUACUGGUUGAACUCGUGAAUCCGGUCGCGCGGUGUGAUUUGCUUGCCAUCUUAGCCAUCCUCUGCCCAUCCAGCUUCUCCCAUUGCUGCAGAUACCGCCUCUCGGCCUGUGUCAGAUACAGGGAUCCACCUUCCGCUUCUCCUUUCUCUGUGAUGCCGUCAGCUUGACCGGCCGUGACAGGUUCUGUGUUUCGACCUGAUGGCAAACACGAAUAGAGCUCCCGUUAGCACAACUGCACGUAUAAUGGAAAGAGCUCCAAAACUUCGAACCAAUUCAUCCCGGUUAGUCAUAUUCGAGGUUCGAAAUCAACUCUGUCAAUUCAAGUUUCUGAUGUUACGCAUCAAGAAUCGAUUAAACAGAAAAUAGAUCUCAUUUCUGAACAAUCUAUGGGACAUUUUGCUGCCGCGAAGGAAAAAAGAGAAAAAAUAAAGGAACCUGAUGUGGAGGAAUCUUGGUAAUGAAGAUCCUUGUUGCUGUUUCGCUUCUUCUUCUUCGCGAUUCCACCAUCUUUGAGGAGCAAUGGCUUCCCUUUCAGCCGUAGCUUUCCUCGCACUACAUUCUCGUACGACGCUGCCGCCGACGACAUUUCAUCGCCGAGCUAGUAAAUGCUAAUGGUAUCAGAUUUAGAGAAGGAAGAAGAUGGAAGAAACGGUGCUGGUCCGUCCGCCGGUGACGAUGCAAUAUCAGGGAAGCACGGUCCCCCGUCUUAUUUUCCCAGCAAAUUCUAGAAGCUCACAGAAACCGAACAAUCUAGGACGUGUAUUGUUUCGCAAAAAACUACAUACUUGUCAUCACUUACAAAUCAGUCACUCAACAUUUAUGAUUUAACAAACUCAUCACUGAAUUUUGAAAUGCUAACACAACUUACAGUCGAUUAUUCAGGGUAGAAAUCAAAAUUAAUUACCCGCGUAUAG